ACAUAGAACUAAAACCCCUGCUUCUUCUUCUGCUUCACACCAACACAAUGCCUUUCAUAUCCAAAAUUCAGCGCCAAUCUGAUUACAGUCUCUUCGGUUCCGCCACUCCCCUCGUGAUCGACAAUGGCGCCUCCUAUUUUCGUAUUGGAUGGGCUGGAGAGACUGAACCUCGUGUUGUUUUCCGCAACAUUGUGCAAAGGCCACGCCACAAAGCCACUGGAGAAACUGUCACCAUUGUUGGUGACCAUGAUCCAGCAUUAUUGAAAUACUUUGAUUGCACUCGCUCUGGACCGCGCUCAGCAUUUGACAGCAAUGUUGUGUACCAGUUUGAAAUAAUGGAAUAUAUUCUGGACUUUGGAUUUGAUCGGAUGGGUGCAACAGGAUCAGAGAUUGAUCAUCCUGUCCUGAUCACAGAAUGUGUAUGCAACCCUGUUCAGUCUCGUAGCAAAAUGGGAGAACUUCUUUUUGAGACUUACGGAGUUCCAUCUAUAGCCUUUGGUGUUGAUGCAGCAUUCAGCUAUAAAUAUAAUCAACAACUAGGUGUUUGUGAUAAAGAUGGUCUUGCUAUGUGUCCGGGGUUCACUACAACUCAUGUGAUUCCGUUUGUAGAUGGGGAGCCUGUUUAUAAAGGAUGCUGCCGCACUAAUAUUGGUGGAUUCCAUGUGACUGAUCAUUUAAAGCAACUUCUUUCACUUAAAUAUCCUUACCAUAUGGCUAGAUUUACAUGGGAAAAGGUUGAAGACCUAAAGAUGGAACAUUGUUAUAUUGCACCGGAUUAUGCUUCUGAAGCUCGGUUGUUUCAGAAAGGAGCUAAGGAGGCUGAAGAAAAAACCAGAUGUUGGCAGCUCCCUUGGGUUCCACCUCCAACAGAGGAACCUCCUUCUGAGGAAGAGAUUGCAAGAAAGGCAGCAAUAAGAGAGAGACAAGGUCAAAGAUUACGAGAAAUGGCUGAGGCAAAGAGAUCAUCUAGAAUAAAUGAAUUGGAAAAUGAAUUGCAUGGUUUGGAAUUUCUUUUACAACAGCUUGAACAAGUUGACGAGAGUGAUGUUCCAUCUUUUCUAGGGGAGACUGGCUAUGUCUCUAGGCAAGAGAUAGAAUCUGCCCGUCUUAAAGUUAUGCAAUCCUUACGGAAAGCAAAAGGUGACCCAAGGAGUGAACAACCUGAAACUGAAAAGGCUGACCCUGCCAGUAAUGAGAAGUACUCUCUUAUAAACAUACCUGAUGAUAUGCUGACCCCAGAUCAGCUCAUUGAAAAGAAGAAACAGUUGUCACUUAAAUCCAUGUCUGAAGGGCGGCAAAGACUAAAGCAAAAGCGUUACGAGGAGGAAUUGGAGCGAGAAAGGAAACAACAGCUAGAGGAGGAAAAACGCCUGGAGAACCCAGAGCUUUACUUGGAGCAGUUGCAUGUUAGAUACAAAGACCUUUUGGAGAGAGUUGACCAACGAAAACGGCUCAAGACAAAUGGAGGCCAUACUAAUGGAAAUAAUUUCUCCACUGGCAUUGGUCGUGGUGAGAGACUCAAUGCUGCUCAAAGGGAGAGAAUGCGCCUCUUGACAACUGCAGCCUUUGAUCGUGGCAAGGGUGAGGAUACAUUUGGUGCCAGAGAUGAAGAUUGGCAACUAUACAAGUUGAUGAGCAAAGAUAAUGAUGAUGAUGAUGAGGGACCAGAUGAGGAUGACGCAGAGCUAGCUCGCAUCUCUUCAAGGCUACAGGACUUGGAUCCAACAUUUGUGCCCAAGUUAGAAACAGGUACCUCUCAACCUGCUGAGGUGCCACGUGUCCGUUCUCUCACCAAAGAAGAUUUUCAGAUUGUGUUUGGGGUUGAAAGGUUUAGAUGCCCUGAACUUUUGUUCAAUCCCAACUGGAUUGGGGUGGAUCAGGUAGGACUAGAUGAGAUGGCCGGGGUCUCAAUAAGAAGGUUAUCAUGUAAGGAUGAAAGCCUGGAAGGGAGACUCACUAACUCCAUACUUGUGACUGGUGGAAGUUCUCUUUUCCCUGGCAUCGUCGAACGUCUUGAAGCCGGAAUUCGGAUGAUUAGACCCUGUGGAUCACCUAUAAAAAUAGUUAGAGCACUGGAUCCAGUUAUGGAUGCAUGGCGUGGUGCUGCUGCCUAUGCAUCAGCCCCAGAAUUCCAUACACAAACUUUCAGUAAGAUGGAUUAUUAUGAAAAGGGUGAAGAUUGGCUUCGCAGUUAUCAACUGAAAUAUUCAUUGUAAUUGAUUUGCUGACACAGAACUGUAUGAUGACUUGAGCAUCGUACCUCAAGUUAGACUAAAUAUUUAUUCACUCAUUUAACUUGCAGGUCAUACUAUUGCUGAAGCUAGAAGUAGUAUGUAUGCCUAUUGAGAUUUUUCACUUUUCAGUCUGAUGAAGAAUAUCAUCCGCGGGGUUUGUUUUAGUUGAUGAAAUUGUGUACAUUGUUUUCAUUAUCCACUCGUUUGAGAAUCGUGCUAAAAUCUGUGAUCCUGCACUCACAAAAUUUAAGGUUGCUGUUGAAUUAUUCAGUGGUAUUAGAGCUGGCUAGAGAAACUAUGUAUACUUUGUGGUCAUAUGCUUCAUAAUUUAAUACCGUGUCACUG